UUCUUAUCUAUUCUUUCUUAUUGCUGGUGUUUAAAACAAAUGGAACAAACAACUCAGCUGUAGUGCACUUAUCUUCUUGAAAUCUAUGUGGAAUACUUUGCAGAAUUAAGCUCUCUGUGCUAUUAAACAAAGAAUCACUUUCAUACUUUUAAUCAUAAAAAUGUUUUAAAUAAGAAGUACACUUAUCAAAAAACUGGCAAACUGUGUUGCGUUUUGAUCUGCUACUCUCCAUAUGCUUUGGAGUGCAUCCAGGCUGGAGUUUUGCCAGAAGUGGUUUUCCAGUUCUGUUCCAGGGGAUGAAUGUCUCAUUAUUAUUCAAUGCACAUGACUUAAUAGAAGAUACCAGUGAUGGAAGUAGUCGACUCUGUAAUAUCUGUUUAAGCAAUACAAACACUUUUCUUCGUUCCAUGUUCCCUUGGUCACAUUUGAAACUCGAUGAAAGAGUGGAGUAGAAAGGAUAAAUUGUGUUUCCUGGUUUGGAGCACUUUCUUCCUUUUUCAUUAAUUUUGGAACUCUCAGUGCUUCUGUCACCCUGAAUGUGUUAUUGAAAGCUUCCUGGCAGUUUGUCAUGAUUCCAGAUGAAGUCUGUCUGUAUGUACUUCUCCCUAGCCUGCACCUGGGACUUCUUGCUCAGAGGUGCGUUCCAAUGCUCUGCAGACGGUAUGUGCAGAGUCUGCUGCAUGCGGUGCAUCCGCAGACACGUGACCCAGCGGGGCUCAGCAAGUCCUGUCCCUGCGGCGUUUGUACUGCACGUGCACAUCAGCUCCAACACUUCUGAGAUGGACCAAGUGCGUCUGCGCUCACGGACCAGUUCUGGGGAGGAAAUGGAAACCUGAUAGAGGGGAAGAAAUCAAAUGAUGAUUGGGCCUUUGUGGUACGUCUCUCCUACAUGCGGAUGAAGUACCUCUUUGUCUCGUGGCUGGUGGUGUUUGUUGGCAGCUGGGUCGUGUACGUUCAGUACUCCACCUACACAGAGCUGUGCAGAGGGCAUGACUGCAGGAAAAUCAUAUGUGAUAAAUACAAGACUGGAGUUAUUGAUGGGUCGGCAUGUAGCAGUCUUUGUGCUAAAGAAACACUGUAUUUUGGAAAAUGUUUGUCAACCAAGCCAAAUAACCAGAUAUAUUUAGGAAUCUGGGGAAAUCUGCAAGGUGUUAUAAAAUGCCAGAUGGAAAAAGCUGCUCAACUUGAUUUUGGUACUGACCCAGAGCCAAGGAAGGAAAUAGUACUGUUUGAUAAACCAACAAGAGGAACCACUGUUGAGAAAUUCAAAGAAAUGGUAUAUGGUCUUUUUAAGGCCAAAUUGGGUGAACAAGGAAAUCUUUCAGAACUGGUUAAUCUCAUCCUGUCUUUUGCUGAUGGAAACAAAGACGGCAGAGUUUCUCUGCCAGAGGCGAAAUCUGCUUGGGCACUUCUGCAGCUGGAUGAGUUUCUGUUAAUGGUGAUUCUGCAGGAUAAGGAACAUACUCCCAAGCUGAUGGGGUUUUGUGGGGACCUCUAUGUUACCGAAAGAGUUGAAUAUACCUCUCUCUAUGGAAUCAGCCUUCCAUGGAUUAUAGAACUCCUCAUUCCCUCUGGCUUCAGGAGAAGCAUGGACCAAUGGUUUACUCCAUCAUGGCCCAGAAAGGCAAAAAUAGCUAUAGGGCUUUUAGAAUUUGUGGAAGAUAUUUUCCAUGGACCUUAUGGAAACUUUCUCAUGUGUGAUACAAGUGCCAAAAACUUGGGAUAUAAUGAUAAAUAUGAUUUGAAAAUGAUGGACAUGAGAAGAGUUGUGCCAGAAAUGACUUUGAAGGAAAUAAUCAAAGACCGUCCGUGUGAAUCAGACUCGGACUGUGUUUAUGGUAUGGACUGCAGAACUCUCUGUGACCAAAGCAGAAUGAGAUGUGGCACAGAGGUGAUUCAGCCAAACCUGGCAAAAGCCUGCCAGCUGCUUAAGGACUAUCUGCUCCGUGGAGCCCCUCCUGAUGUCCACGAGGAACUAGAAAAACAACUGUACUUGUGCAUUGCCCUGAAAGUCACAGCACACCAGAUGGAAAUGGAGCAUUCCUUAAUACUCAAUAACUUAAAAACUCUACUCUGGAAGAAAAUUUCCCACACGAACGAUUCGUAGCUUCUCCACCAGCAGAAGAGAACACUGAUGCCUGCCACUGGAGGUGGCCUUACACGUUUGAUAAAAACAAUCUCUGGCGUUUUCUAAUGAUGUUUCCUACUCAGAUCUCGUGAAUGGCUCUUUAGCUCUUGCCUGUCAGUCAGUGCCCUGUAAUGGGGCUUCUCCAAGAAAGAAAAUGCCACAGAAUGAUGGAGUAGAGGCCAGAGUGCCUCUGGUGCUCCAGUGCUGUGUUAUGGAAACAAGAACCCUGCAUGCUUGGCUGUUCUGUGCUCUUUGUCAGAUCACAAACAGGAUGGAAGUGUUCACUGUGCCACGACAUCAACUGUGGAACAUCUUAAUUCUGUGGAAAUCAUCUUUCACUUGUGAAACACUUCUAAGAGAUUUUUAUCCUAAGGAGUUUUAUGAGGAACCACCACUAUUGCAAAUGACACAUCUGAGUCCCUGCUGCUGCUGUGAACAAGCUGAACUGUGAGACUGAAGUUUACCGGUACCUUGGCAUGGCAGAAUUUGCACUUAAAUGAUUUUUAAACUGUGGAAUUUUAUUAUAGAACUGACAGGUUGUAAUACGAGGCUUAAAUCAGAUUCUGUUUACACCUUGUUACCUCAUGCUUACAUCUCGAAUGUUUAAGUAGUUCAACACUUUUUAAUUAAGCCCUUGUACCGUGAACCAUCUUGGGAGCCAAGAAUUUUAUAAAUUUAUUUCCUAAAAUCAUGUAUACAAUCUAGCAGCAAUGUCAGCAUCCAUUUCAAAAAUGGUAGGUUAUUGUAAUUCAGUUGAAACUUUUACCCAAAUUAAACUGUAGCAAAUACUGGGAAGCAAGGAGUUUGUGGACUCAACAAUUAUAGGAGAGCUGAAGUUCAUUAAUUUUUAAAUUAACUUAAAAUCAAUGAAAGGUCCUGAUAUUUAAAAAAAGGAAGCUUGCAUAGUGUAGGAAUUUGCUCUGACAUGUGCAGCAAGAAACUGUUGUGGGUGAAGCCUUGACUUUCCACAUUUCACUACAGGCUGUACUGACACCCUCUCAAACUGUUGCAGGAAAGAUGUAAGCAGGAGCUAGACAGGAACUGGAUUGUUCAGCAUCAUGGAAUAUUGCUUAAAUGGGAGCCCAUGAGAUGGUAACAGUGAGGAUGAGGUGCAACAGAAGUGAGGUGGGCCCUUAAUUCAUUUUCAGCAUAGGUAAAGACAAGCUUUAUUUAUGUGUUUAAAAGGUUCUUAAUUGCUUUAGGUAUACUGUAUUAAAUGCAUUCCUUGAAUGAUGAAAGUAAAGUACAGGACCAACACAGUCACUUCUCCAUACCCUCUGUAAUAGGAUGCAGCUUGGGUUGAGUGCAUAGCGAUUAGCUUUUCAGUUUAUGAAUUACUGUGCUAAUGCCAAUUAUUGUCUCUAACCUGGCAAUCUCCUCCAACAGUGAGCUAAUAAAGCAAUUAUGUUCUUGGUGGAAAACUCUCACUGCAAUUGCUGCUAGGUUUUGGACAGGGAAGAUCACAUUGGGCAUUUUAUACAACUGGAACACAUGUUUAACAGUUUGUAACACAUGUCACAGUUUGUUGAAUGAAACCUUCAUUUUUGUUGCUGUUGCAUCAAGCUGGAGCUUUCAUUGGAAAAAAAUACAUUUUGUUUAAAAUAACUCACAGACCUCCUUUUCUCUGGCAGUAGCAGUGCUGACCCUCUGCCAGCACCUCACAGCAAAGCUAUCCUCUGUGGAGCCUGCCUGACAUGUGCUUGAACUGUGCAGCCAACCUCAGUGAAGUCCAAUGGGAAACAAAUAGGAAGUUGCCUGUGGAACUUGAUAUGUAGGAGGAAAUAAGGGCCUGUAACAAAGCAUGUAGAUGUAACUGAACAGUGAAUUCUCAUCUAUGCACUAGGUAACCUGAAUACUCUGCAUUAAGAUGGUACCUGUGUCAGUAGCAGCCAGGUCUUGGAGCCGAGUGCAUGAAAGCGCUUACUUCAGUUACUGGAGGAAGCUGAAAAGCUUCAAUGAGACAAGGAUCCCUCCAUCAGCAACAGCAAAUGUUGCCAUUUGUGUUCCCAAAAGCCUGAAGCUGCCUGUGGGCAAAGACUUUGGAAACUACUGUGGCUGCUUUUCUCUUCAGUCACACAGCUUGUCCCAUCACACCAAGCUGGAACAAAGAUGAGGAAGGACACAUAGAAGCCUUUUUAUUUUUUUUUAAAUCUCUGUGUAGUUUGAAGUAGCGAGGUUUUUUUUUUUUAUCCAGUCUUUGAUACCAAUCACACCAAAAUUAAUCAAGUUGAUUUCCCUUUCUUACGGGAAUAAUUCUUAUACAGCAGCCUUGG